AAUCCUGCCCGGAACCUGUUCCCAAGAGGAAAAUCUAUAUCUUCCGGGUAACACAUUUGGCGCGCCGUGAGAAAUUAAAUGACGAACUUUCCAGUCUGAGCUGCUCCAUCUGGAGUCGGCUUCAUUCGCCCGGUCAUGUCCAAACUGGAGCAAAGCAGCAAGGACGGGAAACGUUCCCCGCCGGUUAAAGUCCUGUCAGGUCAGCUGAGGGCGGCGGGCAUCCGGGGUGCCGCUGACAGCGCGGAGGGAUACGUGAUCCGAGCGGGCAGGGGUCGCACUCUGCGUGUGUCCCUUGUGUGGAUGCAGGGCACGGUGCUGGAGGUCCAGCUGAACGGGACCACCGUGAUGCUGAUGGACGAAACGGGGACUUUUGCCGUCCAGGGCGUUAAUAACAUUCCCAAAGGGAAACCGUGUUUGCUUCCAGGUAAAUAUGUAAUGGUGAUGGGCGUCAUCCAGGCUGUUUCCCCGGAGCCGGUAAUCCGUGCUGUGAAGAUGGCAGACCUCUCGGAGUUCGCUGCGCUCCACAGACAGAUGUGGAAGCUGGAGGUGGAGGAGCUGCAGCAGGUGUUAACCUGAAUAUCAGACGGCUGAUGAGUACUGCUAGCUGCAUAGAGCAGGUGCAGCUGCACGACUAAAUGAUGUUUGUGACUGAGGUUCACCUCAUCAUACGAAAUGUCUUAACCCGUUUUUUUUUUUUUUUCUUGUGCGUCAUAAUUUGUAAAUAACCGUUUUACAUCCACCAGAGUUGCAGUGACUUGUUCGCCUAUGGCAUAUCAAAUCUUAAUAAAACACAGUUUCA